AUGGUUUCUCUACCUUCCGACAACAACCAGCAAGUGCUCGUAACUCCAACACCAUCGUCACCAACCAACGACCCAAAGUGGAUCCGACAUGAAAAACGUCCUCCACCGGAGCUUCCACCACCAGAAGUUAAAGAUCUAAGUUAUUGGGUUGCAUUUAUGGUGUUUAUUGAUAUGCCACAAAGAUGUUUGGAUGUAGUAUAUGUGUUUUUGAGUGAGAACCUAUCAAUGGUUGCUGCAGAGCAAAAUCUCUUAUCCUCUCAACAAAUUACUCCUUCACAGAUGAUGAGUUUCUUCAACUUGGAGAAUCAAUAUAAUCGAAUUGCGCGGUCAAAAGCUAGCCCAAAAGCUAAAGAUGUGAUCCUUAAUUGGAUAUAUUUAAAAAUUGUGUUUCCAAAACUCAUGUUUUAUGUGUGCAAAUUUUCUACCUAA